AUGUCUCCAAUCAAGCCUAUCGUUGCUACUAAGCCUAAGCCUGCGCAGACCCAAAAACAGGUAAAGAACGCCAUCUCGGCUUCUGAAACUCGCCAGCGCAAAGGAAUAGCACUUCAAGCAUAUGUUGAUUACGCCAAAGAGGCUGAGAAGUUCAUAACCGAAAGCAGCCUCCAAAACGAGGAACUCAGAACUCUAUUUAGUGACUUACUACCUUACGCCAAACUCCUACCUGAUAAUGUCCAGAAUAGAAUGACUCUCAUUCAAAACAAACGUCUCCCAAAGGUUCCAGUCCCAGUCGUCAUCCAGAAAGUUAAGGCUGGUGGAAGGGGUAGACCUCCAACAUAUAUCGCCCGGGGUAAUGAGGUCAACACAGAGUCAGUCAUCGCCAAUGAACAACACGUAAGUCAACCCAAUCCACCAUCCAAACCUGCUGUGUGCCCUCAGACUAACAAUUGUAGAUCGUCAACAAUGUCCCCAAAUCUACUACACCACAUGAACAACAGGCCGUCCAACCUCCAAGUCAAGAUAUUUCACCACCAAACGUAAGUAAACAAACUUUCUCCAACACGCUCAAUCACAUCAGGCUAAUCAGAUACAGACUGUUGCACCUGCCUCCCAAUAUGAUACACUUUUCCAAUCAACCGGAUUCCAAGCGGCCAACACGACAAACGUCCAACAACCAAUUCAAUUUACUACACCAGGACAUCAACAAGUAAGUCAAUACAUCGAGUCCUUCCAACUCAUUGAACCCCCUCCAGCUAACUAGAUGCAGGCCAUUGGCUCCCAAUCCUUCAAACCUUUCCAACAACAAGGAUUCCACAUGGCCAACAACACGCAAACCCAACCUCAAAAUCAAUUUAAUACAUCAGGACCCCAACAGGUAAGUCAACACAACAACCGCUUCUCGCUUACUGGGUUCCACAAGCUAACCGAAUACAGGUCAUUCAAUCUGACUUCCAAGACACUGCCUUUUUCCAACUCAAUGAAUACGACAGUUUCCAAAUGAUGCAUCCAAGCCAUGUAUACAGCGCACCUCCACCUCCACCAAAGGCACAAGCCCCAGUCCAAAUACCAGCACCUCAAAUGGGCCCCCAGGAUUACCAACAGGCUCCUGGCUUCGCUGAAUUAAACAACUUCAACCAGAUGCAUCCAAGCAAUGCAUAUACAGCACCUCCACCUCCACCACCACAAGCACAGGCACAAGCACAAGUACCAGCACCUCAAAUGGAGAUCCAGGACUCCCAACAGGCUCCCGCCCUUACUGGAUCAAACGACCUCGGCUUCGGCCUUGACAACUUCGGCCUCGACUUUCCCAUCCCUGGAGAUAUCGAUUAUUUCAGCAAUAUUGCCGAGGACAUGGGGCUGUACGUAAAUCUCCCACCAAUGGAAGACUGCAGUCAGGUUGAGUGGGACCAGGAUGCUCAGAUGGAGCUGGACCGUAUUCUCUCGAUGUAA